AUGAAACCUAAUCCUAAAUUGAUAUUUGAACAACCGAAUAUUGAAAAUACAAUACCACUUUCUGUCUAUCAAGCUUCAUCGCCUGAGAAGUUCUCCAUUGAAGACGAUGAUAAGCUUGUGAUGCAUGCUGGAGGUUCGGGCUACAAGAUAUCGAUUUUGAGGAACGAUCCAACCCAAGAAGUUAAGGUGCAUGAAGAUUUUCAAAGCAUGGAGAACUCAAGCGUCUCACUUUUCGUCUUAAAUACUUGCGUCAUAAUAUGGCUCGACGAAAUACAGAAAGGAUUGGAAUUACCCUACCAGAGUAUAUCAUUAAGUGCAUUACAGAGUAAUAAUGACCAUCAGGCGUUAUAUCUACAAGUUUUAUCUAAUGACUACAUUUCUAGUAUACCGACGGAGCCAACAGAAUAUACCUCGACGGUGGAGUUAAUAAUAACCAAGGAGAAAGAUAUCCCUGAGAGUAUGGUAAAUCGCCUAUUCGAAAGCAUGGUUUCGGAUAUUCACGGAUUAUACAAUGGUUUAUCAACGUGUUCGGCAUUCCAUUAUGACUCGGAUUCUGAUGAGGAGAAUGGUGAUAACACAAACGGAUUUUAUGGCAUGGAUUUUCAGGACUCCGAUACCAAUGCACCAGCUUUGGAAAUACCGUCGUCGUGGAUCGAUGAUGAAGGACAUGACCACGAUAUUGCUAUCAAAAAUAUUGGUGAUGCCGAUGACUUGGAGUUAGAUGAAGAAGAGUUACAGCGAGUUAGAGAUGAAAGUGGUACUCCUGUAGCAGGUAUGAAUGUCGAUGUAGGAUAUGCUUCAAUUGUCGGUAGUAUCAGAAAGCGAGGUGAGGAUGAUAUGGGCGAAUUCAAUAAAUCAAGAAAAUUGAUUUGA